GGUGGCGACAUGGAGGACGGCGUGCUCAAGGAAGGCUUCCUCGUCAAGAGGGGUCACAUUGUCCACAACUGGAAGGUGCGAUGGUUUGUCCUUCGGCAGAACACGCUGCAGUACUACAAGCUCGAGGGCGGUCGGAAGGUGACCCCUCCCAAGGGCCAGAUCCUUCUGGAUGGCUGCACCAUUACCUGCCCCUGCCUGGAGUAUGAAAACCGACCUUUCCUCAUUAAGCUGAAGACUCAAACAUCCACAGAAUACUUCCUGGAGGCCUGUUCUCGAGAAGACAGGGACGCCUGGGCCUUUGAGAUCACAGGUGCUAUUCAUGCUGGGCAGCCGGGGAAGGUGCAGCAACUCCACAUGCAGAGAAACUCCUUCAAGCUGCCCCCUCACAUCAGCCUGCAUCGCAUCGUGGACAAGAUGCACGACAGCACCAGUGGAAUCCGGCCAAGCCCCAACAUGGAGCAGGGAAGCACCUACAAAAAGACCUUCAUAGGCUCCUCUCUAGUGGACUGGCUCAUCUCCAACAGCUUUGCAGCCAACCGUCUGGAGGCCGUGACCCUGGCCUCCGUGCUCAUGGAGGAGAACUUCCUCAGGCCAGUGGGCGCCCGAAGCGUGGGAGCCAUUCGCUCUAACGAUCUGGCUGAGCAGUUCCUGGACGAUUCCACAGCCCUAUACACGUUUGCUGAGAGCUACAAGGAGAAGACAAGUCCCAAGGAGGAAAUGAAUCUCAGCACCAUGGAGUUAAGUGGUACGGUGAUAAAACAAGGCUACCUGGCCAAGCAGGGCCACAAGAGGAAGAACUGGAAGGUGCGGCGCUUUGUUCUGAGGAAGGACCCGGCUUUCCUGCAUUACUACGACCCUUCCAAAGAAGAGAACCGGCCAGUGGGUGGGUUUUCUCUUCGUGGUUCACUCGUGUCUGCUCUGGAGGAUAAUGGUGUUCCCACUGGUGUUAAAGGGAAUGUCCAGGGAAAUCUCUUCAAAAUCAUUACUAAAGAUGACAUACACUAUUAUAUCCAGGCCAGCAGCAAUGCUGAGCGAGCUGAGUGGAUUCAAGCUAUAAAAAAGCUAACGUGA